CCCACCUGCCCUCACCAUGAAGCUCACCAGCCUCGUGGCCUUCGUGGUGCUCCUGGCCCUCGGAGCCCUGAUGUCCCGGGCUGUGGAAGGUGCUAGCAAAGGAAAAGCUAAGCAGGGAGACUGCCCCUUCUUCCCCCGAACCAUAUGUCUUGUAUACGAACCCCCUCAAUGCAACAGUGACUGGCAGUGUCCACAGAAGCAGAAAUGCUGUCGCGACCUUUGUGGCAUCAAAUGCUUGGAUCCUGUGGACCCGUCACAGCCAGUGAAGGUCAAUCCUGGAAAGUGUCCAGUGGUCAUCGGCCAGUGUAAGAUGCUCAACCCAAGAAACUACUGCCAGAAUGACAGCCACUGCCUAAACAAUCUCAAGUGCUGCAAGGGGGUGUGUGGGAAUUCGUGUGUGAAGCCAGUGUGAGAUUUACUCUCCUCACUUCAAUACGAUCAGGACCUCCUGGUACAUCCCAAGCCUGGAAAAAAAUGACAGUACCUUGGUGAAGAGGUGGCUCUGUGGCCAGUCCCUCCGUGGGGGCUAAGAUUGGCCUGCUUUACCUCUGCACCCCCAGCAUCCAACACGAGGCUUGGCCCAAACAGGAGAUGCCUGUUGAUUGGUGAAUAAACACACGUAUGACGUUUC